AUGCCGUGGGUUCUGUCCUCUCAGUUGGAUCACCUGUCCACGUCUCCGUCGCAGCGUCAGUGCGAGGAGACGGCGUUCUCGUUUUACUGCGCCGUGCGGGAGCAGCUGCCGGUCUGGCUCCUGGAGGACAUGAGGACCAUGGAGGUCUUCUGCUGGGAGGACGGACAACCACAACCCUUCAGGCCCUCCAAGGCCCUGAUCUACGCCCUCGUACACGACCAUCAGGACUAUGCACGCUACCUGCUCAAGAGGUACUCAGUGAGCGCGCUCAGAGCGUCACGCUGCAGUUUCUGUUGCUGCCGCAGCUACGACGCGCCGCACCUGUCAGUGGCGGUUCGCUACAACCGCGUGACGAUCCUCAGGAUGAUCAUGGAGGCCGUGAAGGGCUGCGAGAUCCAGAGCGAAUGGGAGGACUACCUGGACAGGUGCGGCGGCUGCUCACACGUGGCGGACUCGGGAAAAACGGCGGUGCAGCUGGCGGUGGAGCUGUCGAGACCCGACUGUCUGCUGCUGCUGCUGGUUCACGGGGCGCAGGCUGACGGCCUGGACAUGGCGCUGCAGCGACUCGUUUCCUGUGACCCCACAGAGCGCCGCCACGCUCAGCGCUGCCUCGACUUCCUGCUGCUCUUCCUGCCCAAACCGCUGGCGUUGCACCGUCUGCAGGACGAGCCGAAGCACUGGCAAAGCCUGCUGGGAAACGAAAUCUUCAGCUGGCUGUGCGGUCUGGCUCCGCCCCCUUUGCUGUUGCAGGUGCUCAGGUGUUUGGCUCGAUCUGGACCGGAUCAGAUCACCGCCCUGCCCCACUUCCUGCAGCCGCACUGCUGGCAGUGA